UUUUACAUUUAAGUGUUAAACAUAGUAUCAAAAAUAAUAAUAAAAAAAGUAUGUUGUCCAGCUUGGAGAAAUCAAGGGAUCAGUUCCUCAGUUAACUUUCAUUACUGGAGCGCUAAUUAAAUCAGUAGUCGAAAGGCAGAUUUACACAAUCUGAAUACUUGAUGGCAGCUUUUGAUAAAAGCCAAAUUACCUUUCAGUGCGUCCAACACACACGCAACUGUCUCAUUACUGCAAGAAUUACCCUAAAUCUCUCUGAAGAACCUAGAUUUGUAGGACUGAAAAUGUUUUUCUGAUACUUUUUUUUUUUUUUAGCAUGACUUCACUGUAACUAAUCCCAGGAACAGGCAGGCCCUUCACCGAUAUUUCAGAGACCGAAUAAUUCCCCUUACAUCCCGCAGCACCGAUGCCCACGCGUGGCCGCGGGCAGGCCCGUACAGCGCACCAGGCCAGGGUGAGGAGCGAGGCGGCUCCUUCACACAGCGCGGUACCACACGAUCUUUUUAACCAUUUUUAAACCAGCCCACAACCGAACCCAACGCCACAAGCCAGGGAUUGUAGUGGAAGCCGUGGUCUGUCGGGAUGAGUUUUCUGCUGCCCAAGCUGACCUGUAAGAGGGAAGUGGAUCAGGCAAUAAAAAGCGUGGCCGAGAAGGUUUUGGUUCUCCGGUUCGGAAGAGAUAACGAUGCUGUUUGUCUGCAGCUCGAUGAUAUUCUUGCAAAGACAGCUCAUGACCUAAGUAAAAUGGCAGUCAUUUAUCUGGUGGAUGUGGACAAGGUUCCAGUGUACACCCAGUAUUUUGACAUCAGUUAUAUUCCAUCUACUGUAUUUUUCUUCAAUGGACAACACAUGAAGGUUGAUUAUGGGUCUCCAGAUCAUACCAAAUUUGUAGGAAGCUUCAAAACAAAGCAAGACUUUAUAGAUCUGAUUGAAGUGAUUUACCGUGGAGCAAUGCGUGGAAAGCUCAUUGUGAGAAGUCCUAUUGAUCCCAGUAACAUUCCUAAAUACGACCUUCUCUACCAAGGAAUUUGAUGGGUUGACCUAAGAUAAGGAAUUACAGAAGUGACCAAUGUUCUAGAUCCCUUUUUUUCUUCAAGCAUUUUUAGCCACUUCUGACACCGUGGGACAGUUUGAGCAUUGAUGUUGAAAGAUUAUAUUGGUCUCCUUCUGAAGACACA